CCCCCUUUCUCCCUUUCCCCCCACAAUCAACUCUGAAUUGCCCAAAGUCAAAAUAUUCCCCCAAAUACUUGCAGACUUUUAAAGGGUCGUCUCGUGCUAGGAAAAGCCACCGAAUGCUCCAUUUCGAAGCUCGACGAUCAUACUGCGCUCCGUGCAUUUAUACUUCCAUUCAGAGUGCUACCGUAUAGUAGGUCUUGUAUUUCCAUUUCCCUCACCGUGAUUAUUGUAGAUGAGCUUCAUUUCUAUUUCUCACCUCAUAUUCUACUCUCUAUCAUCUUGUCGUGCGUUGUCAGCUUUCAUUGAGGGCAAAAAUUCUUAAAAAAGGAACCUUCUCUUACCCCUCCAAUUAUAUGCCCUAGGAGAGAAAUAGUAAGCCCAUCUAUCUAUUCUGACACAUUGUGCAGCUUAUCCACCCAGCGUCUUGGACCUCUUUUAUAUAUCUAAUGCCUUUAUAAUGUAUGUAAUAGCUGACUGAGUAAUUCACAGACUUGUCGCACGAUACUUUUACGCGUUAUAUUAUCUGCAGACAAAGAACUUUUCGAUUUGAUUUAAACCCUCUGUACAUAUCGCAAUCCCCUCACGAGAACAUUUACAACUUGAGCUGCCCAUUUACGAAUUUCCUUGACCUCACUUUCCCUGUGGUGCUCGAAACCAGUGAACUUGUGAAUUGCAUAGCGAAAUUUCUCACAAGUAGUCAAAGCCGUUUUAAUAUUGCCCACAUUGGCAAAUCUACAUGCAGAACGGCCACUAGGCCGCAAGGUACCCACAUGAGCUUCUGCGAAAUCGUAGCUUGCUAAAUACACAUACAACAUCAUGAGUAGGAGUCGACGGGGAGCGGGCCCUUUCAGGGCCAAUGGCGCACCUAUUCCAGACUCAUUAUCCUUGAUACGAUCAUUCAAUAUUGAAACCAAUCCCACUCGACCAGUACGACCUUCUCCCCUCACAGCUUCGACCAUCCCGGAUAUGCCACUCGACCUUCUCGAUCGAAUACGCUCCUUUCCUCUUUUCCUUUCAGCUCCUGAUUCAUUCCUUGCCGCAAUCGGAAAACAUCUUCGUCCUCAGGUUCAUUCGCCUCAUGAUCAUAUAUUGACUGAAGGAGACGAUGCAAAAGCCAUGUACUGGUUAGUACGUGGGGCUGUUGCGGUCACAUCUCGAGAUGGAGAAGCUACAUACGCAGAGUUAAGGGCCGGUGCUUUCUUUGGCGAAAUUGGAAUAUUAAUGGACGUACCUCGGACUGCGACAAUUAUAGCAAGAACGAAGUGCUUGUUGGUGGUGUUGAAGAAGGAAGAUUUGAGAGCUGAGCUUCCAAACUUCCCAGAGAUGAAACAAGCGAUUAUGGAAGAGGCACAAGAAAGAUUGACCAUUCUUAAUAAAAAGAGAAGGGAAGGUGGGUUUGGCCCAAAACUGGUUUCAACUGAGCUUGUUUCCAGAGGUGGAAAGCUUGCACGAGAAGCUGCGCCAGGUGAAGUUUCUACUGGCGAGGUAGGGGUCAUCGAGAACGGAACAGUCAUCAAUAAGAAAAAGCGAAAAUCUCCAAGUCCAGGCAUAAUCGAUGACCCUUCGGUCGGCAGUGCGCUGGGUAGUGGGUUGGUUAAUGUCAGGAAAACACUCAAGGAGUUACCUUUAUUCUCAACUUUACCGCCAGAAAUACUUCAUUUUCUUGGUUUGAGCGCCACGCCAAAGGCAUACCCACCAUUUACGGAUAUCAUUGUACAAGGUUCGACUGGCAAUGAGAUUUAUUUCAUUGUGAGAGGUGAAGCAGAAGUCAUACACGAGAGUUCCAAUGGACAUAAUGGACAGGCACCUCAAGGAUCAAAUGGAUCAUACAUUAGACCGAGAUUAAAAGCUGGGCAAUAUUUUGGCGAAGUUGUCAGUCUAUCUUUAGCACCGCGGAGAACAGCGACUGUACGCUCCAUCACCUCUGUAGAAUGUCUGAUGAUUAGUGGGGAAGUGCUUGAAGAAUUAUGGAGAAGAUGUUCACCAGAUAUACGGAAACAAGUAGAGGUGACAGCAAAAACUCGGAUUGGAAGACCUGAAGACGAAGAUGUCAUUAUGAGUGACGCCAAUUCCCCAGCUAUCAACGAUCUUACCAUUAACAACAGUCGCCCUAGACAUCAGAGAAGGAAAACAUUACCCCAAGUCACAUUUACUCCUUCGAAACCUGCAAGCCCUCAUAAACCUAGUCGUGUUGAGGAUAAUGGGGCGGUGAUGGAACCUUUAGAUCCAGAUCCUUUCCUUAGUGUGGAUAUGGAUAAUAUGAGGGCGAGAUCACGAAGAGGUUCAUGGGCACCUCCUCCUCCUGAGACUCCACCACCGGAUGAUAGAUCCUCUGGUCCGAGAACUAGAUCUAGAUCUCAAACACCAACACCUGUGAAAUUAUCACAUGCAAUCACUCCCCCAGAAUCAGCUUUCCGACCAAAAAGGCCUAAAAUUUUCGAGAGGCGCCCAAGUCAAUUUAGCCAGGGUAUAUUACCAGAUGCAAUUUUAAUCAAUAUUUUCUCAUUUCUAGACAUUUACCAAUUGAUGAGAUUACGACUCGUAUCUCUCCAUUGGUCAACCUUAUUAACCUCUUCGCCAAACGUUUGCCAAAACCUUGAUCUAUCACUAUACAACCGCAAAAUCACCAACAAAGCUCUCGUUGAAUACAUUUGUCCAUUUGUUGGGCAUCGUGCUCGAAGCGUCGACAUUAGCAAUUGCUUCCACAUAACUGAUGAAGGAUUUGGUGCAAUUUAUUCACAAUGUGGCCCUAAUAUCCGUAUGUGGAAAAUGAAAUCAGUCUGGGACAUUACUGCCAACGCCGUUUUAGAAAUGGCCAACAGCGCCAAAGAACUCGAAGAAAUAGACCUUUCCAACUGUCGUAAGGUAUCAGAUAAUCUACUAGCCCGCAUCGUCGGUUGGGUCGUGACGGAACCCAUCGCUCCUCAAGCUUCUCUUCGUCAAAAAGCAGGAACAUUUAUCCCACCAGUCGGAACUGUCGUCGGAUGUCCGAAUCUAAAACGUCUUACCCUAUCGUAUUGUAAACAUGUUACUGAUCGAUCAAUGGCGCAUCUUGCAGUUCAUGCGCAUCAAAGAUUACAGAGUAUCGAUCUCACAAGAUGUACGACAAUUACGGAUAAUGGAUUUCAGCAUUGGAGUAUUUACAAAUUUGCCAAGUUGGAAAAGUUGAUUUUGGCAGAUUGCACGUAUUUAACAGAUAAUGCUAUUGUUUAUUUGACGAAUGCGGCGAAGGGGCUGAAGGAAUUAGAUUUGGUAGGCCGAUCUUUUGUAUCUGCCGAGCUUUCUUACUAACUUAAUAUCUAGUCAUUCUGUUGCGCCCUUUCCGAUACAGCAACCGAAGUCUUAAGUCUCGGUUGUCCGCUUCUUCAAUCACUUAAACUCUCAUUUUGUGGUUCCGCAGUCUCAGACUCCUCACUUCGGUCCAUUGGUCUCCAUCUCCUUGAAUUGAAAGAACUUUCCGUGAGAGGUUGUGUAAGAGUUACAGGUGUAGGCGUAGAAGCUGUAGUGGAGGGAUGUAGCAAACUUGAAAUUUUCGACGUGAGUCAGUGUAAAAAUUUAAAGAAUUGGUUAGACGCGGGUGGAAUAGAAAGAUGGGCAUCGAGAUGGAGUUCCAUACAGACAACUACUGGUAGGAGGAGUAUGAGGGGCGCGGCUAAAAGUGCGGCACCACCGAGGAAAGGAAAGGGGAAUUUGGUUUUUUGGGUCGAGAAGAGAAGUGGACCCGGGGUUGGCUUACGAUGAUUUGAUUUGAUAUGAUAUGAUAUGAUAUAAUUUCUCGCAAACCAGUUUUGAUCAGAAGAAUAAUGGUGGCGUGGCACAUGGUGAGCUAUCACAUUAUUUCCUGAGUCCUGACGAGAGAUGAGGAAAAGGGUUUACAGAAUAUGGGAAGGUAAGAAGGAGAAGAAGAAGAAGAAGAAGAAGAAAAAGAGCAGGAUCUCUAUCUAUCUAUCUAUCUAUCAUCAUCAUUUUUAUAUGCAUAAAUCCUUAUGCGUACACGCAUACAUACAUAUCCUCGAUAAAAUCAAAGAUAAAGUCAAAGAUAAAGAUGAUGGAUGGAUGGGCUUAUGAUCUUUUGAUCUUCUCUUGGUUUCUUGUGUCGAAGGUACUCAGUGUCUGGUUUUGGGUCGGGAAGGCUAUCUUUUUU